AUGUCUGUUCUUCUAGCUUUAGUGCUAGUCUGUGCCAUGGUGGCGGAGGGUCUUCUGGCAAGGCCUUCUGCGGAGUAUGUUGUUUAUCCUAAGCUUCUGGAAGCAAGAGGAUUGAAUGGAGGAAAACUUCUUCACAUCAAAGAGAAACUUACUCUUCGUUUAGAAAAAAGCUCCGUACUCGCUGAAAAUUUCGUAGGAUCGAGCCUUAAUGGCGACAAACAAGUGGAUAGCAUUGUGGAUGGGGGAGAAGUGGAAAAGAACAUUUACCAUGAUAAAAGUCAGAUGGCAGUGCUAUCUGUGACAGAGAAAGACGGCUCUGUGGAAGUGGUUUAUCAACUUCCUAGGCUGACCAAGCAGAUGAACUGA